GCAACUGCGUGCGGUAUGAAAAUUUGGCUCUAGUUCAGAAAAGGCAAGAAAAUAAAGGAAAAAAAACAAAGGGCCACGUACGCACACUCUUCAAGUGGGUGCGCACAUUGAAUUCCGUGCGCUCACACGGUGCACGUUAGCACUCUUAGAACUUCUCUGUCUUCUCCGCUUCAGAUUUCCCCGCGAGACCAGAAACACACACAAUUUUCUUUUCCAUUCUCCAAAAUUCCAAUUCGGCCACCUAUAAUUCCGCACAAUUCCUCGUUAACAUCUAAAAAUGGCUCCAGCCACCACCUUGGCGGCGGCUCGGCGUCUCGUUGGCUCCCGGCGCAGAACCGAGGCCCCUCGACGGCGCCCGUCGCCGUCGUCUCCACCGAGGAAGCUGAGACCUAUGUCUGAGAUAAUGGCACGUGCGAAAUAUGCGGUGGUGGAACGAACUGACUACAGCAACAUCAUCUGCGAACAAUGCGGCUCCGGUGAACGUUCCGACGAGCUCCUCCUUUGUGAUAAAUGCGAUAAAGGCUUCCACAUGAAAUGCCUUAGACCGAUCGUGGCUCGUGUUCCUAUUGGAUCCUGGCUUUGCCCCAAAUGCUCUGGCCAUAGGCGAGUAAGAAGUUUUUCGCAGAAAAAGAUAAUUGAUUUCUUCAGGAUUCAGAAGACUGGUGAUGGGAAAAACAAAUGCACCUCAAAUCAAGAUACAAGAAAGCGUCGCAAACGUUCUAGAUCAUUGGUGUUGCUAAAGAAAAGAAGGAGACUCUUGCCAUUUAUACCAUCUGAAGAUCCUAACCAACGAUUGAAACAAAUGGGCACCCUUGCUUCUGCAUUAACAGCAAUGCAGAUGGAAUUCAGUGAUGAUCUAACCUACUUUCCUGGCAUGGCCCCUAGAUCUGCCAAUCAGGCCAAGUUUGAAAAUGGUGGCAUGCAGGUUCUUGCGAAGGAAGAUAUGGAGACCUGGGAACUCUGCAGAGCAAUGUUUAGGAGAGGCGAAUGCCCUCCUCUUAUAGUAGUUUUUGAUUCAUGUGAAGGCUAUACAGUAGAAGCAGAUGCACAGAUCAAGGAUAUGACAUUCAUUGCAGAAUACACAGGAGAUGUGGAUUAUAUUAAAAACCGGGAAAAUGAUGAUUGUGAUAGCAUGAUGACCCUUCUUUUAGCAACAGACACAUCUAAAAGUCUUGUAAUCUGCCCUGAUAGACGUGGAAACAUUGCUCGCUUUAUCAAUGGCAUUAACAAUCAUACUGUGGAAGCUUAUUCAUUGUUGGUGGAGAGUCAAAGAAAUUUCUUCAAAUUCAUGCAUGGGCCAAUUUAUUGUAAUUUAUGAUGUAAAGCUGGUCUAUUUUGCAGCCAUUAGCGAAAGACGGCAGGCAAGAAAAUUUUUCCUUGGAAUUUAGAUGUUCAAGAAAUUUAUUUAUGAAACAGUACCUUCUUCCAUUACAGUUCUCUAUGAGGGUUUUUAGUUUUACCAAUUCCUGUCAUUAUACAGGUUUUUAAAAUAUAAUUAUUCUCUGGACUGCUACAGAGCAUUUUCCUGUAAUUAUUCAUCUUUCAGUCAUACUCUUCAUCUUUAUAUCACUCCCCCCUUUUUUUCCCAGUGAGAAGAAUGUUUCAUUUCUGUGGAUCACAAUGAUACAAUGCUAUAAGAAAUAGCUAAGAGCCAUGGAGACAACAGGAAUGAAGCUAUGAAACCAGAAAACAGAAAGUCAUGGUGGAUCAUAUUCAAAAUGAACACCAAGAAAGAUGGUAUUGGUGGUUGUCUUGUCUCAUCCAAUCAGCUUCGGUUGCUUGUGACAUUGAAGGUGCUGCCAUAGGCACUGUUAGAAUUCAACAGAACAAAGUCAUUGUGGGCUUUAUUGUAGAGCACAGAUUUCAGUAUAAAUUUAGGGGUUUGGCAUGUAAAUGAAAAUUUACAAAGUUUUGGAAUUGAAAUAGAAAAAUUCUAUAUUAAAAGCAAUAUGAUGAUACUCUUCAAAAACAAAAGCAAUAUGAUAAUACUAUUAAAUAAUUUGGAAUUAGGAUCAAAUUUACCAUUGUACAAUGA